CCCGAGCGGGCGGCGCGCUGCCUUUGGGAAGCUCACUUCCUUCGGGGAGCUCGCCAUGUCGGUGAGCGGCGGUGGAGCUGGCUGCGGCCCCGAGCCCGAGGACUCGGUGCUGUUCCGGCGGGGCACAGGCCAGAGUGAUGAUUCUGACAUUUGGGAUGACACGGCGUUGAUAAAGGCUUAUGACAAGGCUGUAGCAUCAUUUAAGCAUGCGCUGAAGAACGGUGACGUCUGUGAAACUUCAGAGAAACCAAAACUCACACCUAGAAGAAAACCUGUGAAGAAGAAUAAAAACCAAAAGAAGAAUACCGCGGCGCCCUUGAAGCAGUGGAGAGUUGGCGACAAAUGUUCUGCGGUUUGGUCCGAAGACGGCUGCGUGUACCCAGCUACCAUUACUUCGAUUGACUUCAAGCGAGAGACAUGUGUUGUGGUUUACACUGGGUACGGGAACAGAGAAGAGCAGAAUCUGUCCGACCUACUUUCCCCAACGUCCAAAGCGGCUGAUGGCGUGGACCGCACGGCUCAGGAGAAUGAAAAUGAAAGCCAAGUUUCUACCGAUGAAAGUGAGAAUUCCUCCCGGUCACCUGGAUGGAAACCCAAUCACAUCAAGUCAAAAUCUAAUCCUUGGAGCUCUUUCUUCCCCCCGCCACCCCCGGUGCCAGGGCCAGGCGUCGGCUCGGGCAAGCCAAGCCUAAAAUUCAGUGGUCCACCGCCACCACCACCGCCCCUGCCACCCCAUUUCAUGUCAUGCUGGCUACCCCCGUUUCCUUCUGGACCACCAGUAAUUCCCCCGCCCCCUCCCAUGUUCCCCGACUCCCUGGAUGAUACGGACGCCUUGGGAAGCAUGUUAAUCUCUUGGUAUAUGAGUGGCUAUCAUACUGGCUACUACAUGGGCUUCAAGCAAAGUCAGAAGGAAGGAAGAUGCUCACAUAUCAAUUAAGGACUCCCGGCGCCUCCGGUCGGCGUUGGCGAGGACCUGUGCACCCGGCUCCCCUGUCGGCCCCGCGGAGGAUCUGGGCACGGCCCCGGGGGGAGCAGCCCGCACGGACAUCUAAAGCGCCUUCUCCCCAAGUCCCUCGUCCCCAGGCUGCCCCCCGAGAGCCAGCUGUCUUGCCCAGGACCUGCACUCCGGCCUGCCUCUUCAGGACUCAGGAAUGCUGCCGGGUCCCGGGGUCCCGGGUCUAUGCUGCCGUCUGAAGUCACAGCCAAACGGAAGGGCGGGAUGUCACGGGAUGUCACGUUCACUGGCUGUGUCCAUUGCUCGAUGCUCGAAGAUGGCCGACUGUGCCCUGUGUGCCAUCUGUCCAGCAGCCCUUCCUCUCUGACUAGUAAGACUGGCUGGCUGGGACACAACGUUUUAUCUUUGUCUUCGUGAAUACCUGAUGGGACAGCACACUUCCUCACAAUUAAUUUCCAGUUGUUGCGGUUCUCUAAAAACAUUAGUCUCUUGUGGCUAACAGAAAAUCUACUGAACCAGUGGUACUGUCCACGCGAGACUUCCCGAGCUUAUAAACUUCAGCUGCGACAUUGGGGGUCACUGGUGUUUUUCUACUUGGCAAUAAAAAAGUAAAAAAUUAA